CAAUGUCGCAUUUCUCGUUAUCUUAUCGUGCAAUGUGUUUUGGUGUGGGCAGUACAGUACCUUGGGCUAAUUAUUGGCGCUGCGAACUAUUAGCUCCAGACAUCAGUUGCGACGCCGCUCCCGCAUUUUACUUCGACCAGGUUUACGCGAAACCGUGAUAGACCACAAAACACCACAAGCAUGGCGGACCCAAAGAUCCAGGAGCUUCUGACGAAGCCGCGCAACGAACUCACAGAAUACGAGAUUGCGCAGCUAGAGGAGCACGAGUUCAGCGCCGGCCCACUCUCGAUCCUCCAGACCGCCGUGAGGAGCCACACCCAAGUCCUCAUCUCGAUCCGGAACAACCGCAAGCUGCUUGCGCGCGUCAAGGCUUUCGAUAGGCACUGCAAUAUGGUGCUCGAGAACGUGAAGGAGAUGUGGACGGAGACGCCGAGGUUGGCGAGCGGGAAGAAGGGAAGGCCCGUAAACAAGGACCGCUUCAUUAGCAAAAUGUUUUUAAGAGGAGACUCGGUCAUCUUGGUUCUUCUCAGCUAAUGCACUCACAACUUUCUACAUUCUUUCUUGUUCUCAUCUUGAUGCGAUUAUGAAUGACCAGGGCAAAAUCCGGUCUUCUCACGUUUAGCACAGGCAGCACAUUUCAUUAUCAGAAAACGGCGUUGAAAAGUGGCUAAGUACAGCCUUGAUGCCUCGAUGCUUGUUUCACGGGAGGUUUUACGCAAAGCUUGCUCAAUAAACAUUGGAGUAACUGCAACUAACUGGACAU